GAGGACCGGGCUGGACCAGGCCAGCGACCCGCAGGGAGGCACGAGCGAGUUCGGGGGAAGAGGGUUGGGCACCGAGGGGCGCGGGGAAAGCCCGGGAGGAGCCGAGCGCCGGCCCUCGCAGCCGCCUCAGCAGUUCCGGGUCAGCGCAGCCCGUCGAGGCCGUACUCCGCCGCCCCGCUGAGGCAUAAAGAAGGUGAACAAAAAAGGGAGAAGGAGACAAAGUAGAAUGUCAGGCAACAAAGAAAGGAAGAGUCAAGGAGUUCCUGAAGAAGCUCUGGCUAACCAAGGCACAUCUUCAUUAACUGAUGCUGUAGAACAAGUUGCAAAGCAACAACAAUCACAAACAUCAGAAAUAGAAAAAAACAAAAAAGUUCUGUUCCAUUUGCAGAAUGAACUCCAUAAGCUUGAAAAACAAAUAGCAUCUGUCUCUGCAGAAACUAAAGAAACAGAAAGGCAGAUUUAUCAGCAAGAUGCUGCCAUAGAGCAUGCCAAACUUCAAUGUGGGAACCUGGAAACUCAAAUCAAAUCCUUACAUACAGAAAAUGUCAAGCUUAAAUUUGACAUAGAAGCAGCCCAAGAAGACUUUGAGGAACACAUGAUAAGAUAUAAUGAAUAUUAUGCAAAAAUAAAAGAGCAUAAAGAUAAUUUGGGGGAGGUAGAAAGCAAAUGGUCAUUCAUGACUGCACUACAUGAAAAACGAGAUCUUGUUAAAAAACUAAAAACAACGAAAGAGGAACUUAUGCAAAAUCUCCAAAAUCCAGACGGAAAUCGCAUAAAAGAAGUACAGGAAGACAUUACAAAGUUAAAGGAUAAAAUUAUAACUGUAAAAGAAUCUAUCACUGAAAAAACUUGUUUUCUUGAAGAAGAAAAAAAGACACAUGAAAAAUUAAGAAAAGAAAUAGAGGUGCAACAUAAGAGAUAUGGUGCAAUUCUUAAGCGUUUGCAUUGUCAGGUGAACAAGCUUCAGUCAAAUAAAAGACAAUGGCAAUGGAACAUUCACCAACUGGAAAAAACUGCAGCUGAACUAAGAAAACGCAUUGGAAUGAAAGAUUAACAUGGCCAA